GAAAAAGCGGGGGAGUGAUUCCUCUUCACCCCGCCCCUCUCUGAAAUCGUUCCACUACGUCAGCUCGUCCCGUCCGCUCGGUGAAGAUGUCUGCGACGGGCUCAGGCGGCUGUGGACCCGGGCCCGCCUCGGGCGCCGGCUCCGGGGCGUCCAACCCGCGAAAGUUCAGCGAGAAGAUAGCACUGCACACCCAGCGGCAGGCCGAGGAGACGGCCGCCUUCCAGGAGGUCAUGAUGGACAUCACUUCGACCAGGCUCCAGGCCCAGAAGCUCCGCCUUGCCAGGAAUCAGGGGCCGUACUAUGGCGGCUCAUUACCAAACGUGAACCAGAUCGGCAGGACCCCUCAGGACUUCCAGGGCUCCUUCCCGUCCACUCUGGAGUCCAGUCGGGCGACGCGGCAUCACGGGCUGGUGGAGAGAGUGCAGCGGGACCGCCGCUUCGUCUCGCCGGUCCGACCAUAUCGCAAAAUGGACAGCUCCCCGUACAGCCCCGCCUACCUGUCGCCACCACCCGACCCCAGCUGGAGAAGGAAUUGGUCUGGAAACUUCCCCGGGGAUAAAAGCCAGUUGUUUCGUCUCCCCACCACUGCACUCAACAGGACGAACUCCGACUCAGCGCUCCACACCAGUGUGAUGAACCCGCCCUCCGGAGACCCGUUCAGCACUGGACCCACGCUCGCCCUCCAGAACGCCAGAAUCGGCGGUCAGAGCGACGGAGAGGGCAGAAGAAUGUUUCCAUAUCCUGUCCCUCCCAUCGAGGAGAACGUGUUGGACGAGGGGAAGCUGAUGAAACCCUGGGACACCAAGAAGCUGCCGUUGUUGUCAUCCCGGCCGAAGUCCUGCGAAGUUCCCGGCAUCAAGAUGCUUUGCUCAGCUCUCUGCUGGACGACCCCUACCUGAGCCUGCAGCUCACCGGCAGAUCUGAGCAGCAGUUCGCCACAGAGACCCAGGCCGACAUGCUGUCCCUGAACCACAGCGGUCUGAGCUGCAGCGCAGACAAGAACCAGUUCCCCUCCAACAGCCAGGGGGCGCUAGACCUGCAGGACCUCAGUGACCAGCAGCUCCUCAACAAUCAGAACCAGAACUUCAGCGGCAGCGACGGACGACAUAACGUGCCCAACAUCAUCCUCACAGGCGACUCUCCGACGGGCCUGUCCAAAGAGAUCGCCAGCGCGCUGUCCAACGUCCCCGGCUUUGAGAUGGACUCCUUCUCGCUGGAUGACCAGCUCCGGAUGGACCCGCUGUCCCUGGACAUGCUGGAGGGCAACCUGAUGCUGGCCGACCCGGCCGUGGAGGACUCCUUCCGCUCGGACCGGCUCAAGUGACGCCGCCGACGCUCCGGGAACGGCGCCCGCACCUGGAGAGGACUCCACCCUUCCGUCGCUCCCCCACAGCCGGUCUGUCGAGCGAGCUUUGGAAGAAUGCGCCUUCAUCGAUGAAGGAGCUGACAUCUGUGUUGGGGGAGGGAUAAACUGAAGGAGGCGGAGCCUCACUGUCAAUGGCACUUAAACUGAAAACGCUCUCGCUUGCUUGAAGUCAGAAACCUGCUGCAGCUUUCUGACCACACCCGGCCAUCAUGAUGGCGUCACGCCACAGGAGCGGAGGCGUGAGAGCGGUGUGGAAGCCACUUUCUGCUCUGACAGCUACUUUAACAGGAACUUAGCCAUGACCCCUGACCUUUGUCCUCUGACUUCUGACCCCUGACCGUGCGUGCUGCUUCUGCUCAGGCUGCUCCGCUCUUUUAUGCAGAACUCAUUUUGACGUGUGAGCAUGCUCCGACCCGCCCACCUUUACGUUGCCUCUGACUGGACACGAGCGUCGACCUACAGCAGCUGAGCGUUGCCGAGUUUUAUCCCGCCGAGGCUCGUCAGGAGAACACGCCCCUCAGCUGGAGAACUGCCGUGGCUGCACGAAGUCUGUACAUGAAGAAUGGACACACCCACCAUGUCCCGCUUCGGCGCUGUGAGUCGACGCAUCCCGUGUCAUCACACGAUCUGCUUGCUCUUCGGCUUCUCUGUGUGAGUGUCAGCUGAAGGCGGAGCAUCGACGGCGCCUUUGACCAGCUUACGUCUGUCUGUUACAUCCACAUUCCCGCCGCCUGCAGAUGGUCAGCUGACCUUUGAACCCAAAGUGAUGCUUUUCAAAGAGGAGCGCGAGCCUUCCUCCUCCUCGUGUGUUUUUAUGAACUCAAGUAUAAAGUUUUUAUUUUUGUAAAUAACUCAGAUAUAAAAAUCAUAUUUAAGAAGAAGGCGUUUAGCUCGCCGCCACCGUUGUGAGAUCAGCCCGCACGGCCGCCUGACCGCUUGAAGGUCGAAGCUCGAUGCGCUCGCCCAGGAUGGCGAGGUCCCAGCACAGUCCCAGCCCCGCCUUAAAACAAAUGUAAGAGCGCGUUAUCAACACAUGUGAUUGUGAUCAAUCGGAGCCUGACAGGAAGCUGCACGACUACAAAAUCUCUUUCUGUUUUAAACAGAUUUUAUUUUAUUCUGAAAAUGUUUGAAUGAAUUUAAAUUUACGGAAGUUUCACGAGGAGCGAAAAACAAAUAUAAAAGUCGUACAAUUACGAGGAAAAUUAUUUUUAAAUGUUUCCUCGUUUGCUGCUUUAAUCUGAAAAUUCGACAUCAUAACCAAAAUAAACAAAUGGAUUAUUAGAGCCGCGUUAAUGAAAGCCGCCUGAUGAGGUUUAUUAGAAAAGAUAAUUUAUAAUCCUGAAAGGAUAAAUGUUUUUUAUAUUAUAAGAUAUUCCAUCAUGGCCCUGACGGGCUGCCGUAGGAACCACCCCGAACAAUUAAAACACAAUCAAAAUCCUUCCUGUUUCAGCCUGGAAGGUUCUGGGAAACCUUGAGUCCAAAGCAAGCGUGUUGGGGGAGGAGCUUCAGAGCAGCCUUGCUGGUUUCAGGAGGUCGGGAGGCGACGAAGGUGAGGAAGAGCAGUGGGACUGGAGGUUCAGGUGUAUCUGCUUCCCCCUGCAGGUCGCUCACAAGAUAAAGGUCACAGUCGAGGACGGGAAAAACGAAAUGAAGCUGAUCUCUGAGGACCUGCAGACAAGCUCCUCCCACCUCAGCCCGGCCAUCACGAGCAGCAGCCGCUCCAGUCAUUGAUCGAUUGACCUCGUCCUUCAGUCUCAGUGACCCGAGGCGAGAGGUCAGCUUUCGCUCCGUCGAUCAAUACCUGAUCAGCUCAUUGAUCGCCACCUGAUCUGAUCAAUAUGUUCACACUGACAGGCUGCCGUAGAGCAGCCAAUAAAAAUGCACCGCACUUCGCGUCAUCACAGGCGUCAGCCAAUCAGGUCACGUCAUGAAAAUCCCAAGAAGUCAAAGUGCUGCACUCGGGUCUGGACGUGUGAUCUUUGCACCUCCUCCUGGAGGAGGUGCGGCGGCGCCCUCGGGCCGCGGCGGCGCCUGUGUCAGGACCACCGCAGGUACAGAAAGAUUAAAAAGCUCGAAUAUUUUCUGAGAUUAAAGCCGUAAUUUUAUUAAAAUGCUUUUUUCUACUUUGUAAUAUUCUCUCAGAUUCAAAAAUAUAAUCGGACACGUUUCACAGGGUUAAAUCUUAAAUAUUUCUUCUUCUAGUUUUCAUUUAACAAUAAUAAAUGACUCAUUUUGAAAAGCACUUCCUGUUCCAGGCUGUAAAGUUCUGCAUAAUCUGACCUCCACUCUCACUCCAAACGCUAAGGCCUGAUUGGUCAGCUUUUGGAAGCCUGCAGAGGAGCAGAUGACCAUAUAAGGAUGUCAGCCGUCACAGAGGCAGAAAAAUUUUUUUAGAGAAAAGCUCAGAGGUGACUUUAGUGUUUAUAGAUGAAGCUUUGAUCGUGUCGCCGUUCGCACCAUGCAUACAAAUAAAAAUAUGAAAUAUUUUAUUAAAAGUUUCUUUGGUGGAAUCGGAGACGCCUUCAUGUUCAGCAGCAGCGUUUCUUUUUUCUUCUUCUGUUAGAAUAAAACCAAAACGCGUUCGAUCAAACGGACGGAGAAGCUUCGUGCGGCGAUCCUGGAACAAAAUCGUGUUUUACUUCCUGUUUAAUGUUUUGUUUUGUUUUUCCUUUCAUACGACGUUCAGUAGGUCAAAAAGUUCAAAACUGAGGAAGAAAUCCCAGAAUUCAUGUGUGCGUGUGUGUGUGCGUGUGCGCGCGCGCGUGUAUGUGCGUGCGUGUGAGACUGUUUUCUUGUUAUGCAAUAACUGUGCAGAGUAAGCCUGCAGUUCCAGUCUCUGCCAGUGGAGGGCGCUGCUGACCUGUGUGUGGAUUAGGGAUCAGUUAAAGGCCAUAUUUCAUAUUUUUCAUAUUUUUUAUUGAUAUUAAUUUCUCUCAUUAAUGUUUAUAGUUUUUUUCAUGUUUUUUUUAGACUCCAGCGUUAACAAACAAAACGAGAACAGCUGAGCGCUCUGCGUCUGUUGCUUCAUAUUUGAAUAAUAAAGUUUGUUUCUAUUGAGAUUUUUAUUGUCAUAACCAGGGAACGUUGAGUGUUGUACAUAUGAAAACGUUUUGAACCCAGAGGUGUUUUUAAAGCGCAGCGGCUGGAGGUUCACCGUGUUUUACAGAAAAUAAAGAAAUAAAGCUGAAACUGAAA